AUGACGGUCCUGCACGUCCUCCUGUGUGUCCUGGCCGUGUCCACCGUGUUCCGUGGCGCCCUCUGCGGUCCCGUCUGCAACAACCAGUGCUGUCGCUUCGUGGAGGGCUUCCCCGUCCGCUUCAGGAAGCUCCGAGAGAACUUCUCCCAUCUCAGAGACUUCUAUGAAGCAAACGACGAUUUAGACACAGCUCUGCUGGACCAGACCGUGGAAGAUUCCUUCAAAAGCCCGUUUGGCUGCCACACCAUGGACAGCAUCCUGGACUUUUACCUGACGACAGUUCUGCCCAUGGCCAUGGCCGGAGUGACGGAUGAAAUCAGGGACCUGAAGCCGCACAUGGAGUCAAUCCAGCAGAUCUUUGACGAGCUGAAGAGUGGCGUUACUAAAUGUAGGAGGUAUUUCUCCUGCAAGAAACAGUUUGACAUCAGCACCUUAAACUCCACUUACAGUCAGAUGGAGAGUAAAGGACUGUAUAAGGCCAUGGGGGAGCUGGACCUCUUGUUUAACUACAUUGAGUCAUACCUGGCAUCUAAGCGACAGAGAAACUGAGUGAUCUCCUGUUGAACACCUGCUUACCUCAGUUACCCUCCAACCUUGUACAUCGAAUUUCAAACAAACGUUUUUGCACUCCUUUGCAUUCAAGCCAUUGUUUCCAGCUGUGGAACGUAACGCUACGAGUACUGUGUUUCUCCUGAACUGAUGUCUGUUUUUAUAAGGCUUCAGUUUAUUGUUUUUUUUUGUCCUGAGGACAAGCAUGUUUUGGAUUCACAUAGAGUCUAUAUAGUGUUACAACCAAAACUGUCACAGAUAUCUGCAGAUAUCUCUGAUAUCUACUGUAUUUAAAACAUCAGGACUACUUUAUAGUAUGUAUUGUAUUUAUUUACACAACUUAUGUUGAUGGAUGAAUAAAAUUCUUGAUAAUUAUGACUGCCUUCAGGUUUUUUUCCACCGUCGUCAAGAGAUGCAACAUCUUGCUAUGAUGUGCCACAUCAUGUAAGAACAUAUAUAGUAAAGCGCUGAAUGCAUCAUGUUUUUGCAGAUGUGGGGAAGCAGUAGUGUCAACACGACAUGCUGAUGCACUAACCUCAAACGUGACCCAUAUACAACAUUUACCAGCAACAGCUCGGCAGUAUCUUUACUUACAGUAAGCGUAACUAGGAAGCCUCAUCCUCAUGGCAUAUAGAGGUUUGCACAGUAACUCUCACGCAUGCAAAAGCGUGCUUGUAAAUGAUACACAACAAUGUGAACUAAAACAAAAAAAGGUCAAGGUUACUUGUACUAAUGUGUCACCUUGAUGACUGUUACUCAGGCAGU